AUGUCUCCUCACGCCAAUGAUACGCCCGCUUACGAGUCGAAUGAGCUCAGCGGAAAUGGUAAUGCGGAUGCUCUCAACGACUUCCCCAUUGCCAUCAUUGGCAUGGCUUGUCGCUUUCCUCAGGAUGCGGAAAAUACGGAGAAGUUCUGGGACCUUCUCAUCAAUGGUCGUUCCGCGAUGACCGAGUUUCCCCCGGAGAAGAUGACCACCGAAGCUCAUUACCACCCGGACCCUGCUCAUGCUGGCACUACAAGCUGCAGAGGUGGCUACUUCAUGAAGCAUAAUGGAGCUGCCUUUGAUGCACCAUUCUUCAACAUCACUAAGAGUGAAGCUAUGACCAUGGAUACCCAGCAACGUCUUCUAAUGGAAAACGUGUACGAAUCCCUAGAAAAUGCUGGACUGCCGCUGGAUACCGUUAUUGGUUCUAACACCUCCGUCUAUGUUGGUGCAUUUUCAAUCGAUUGCAGCGAUAUCUUCACCGCAGAUCACGAAGCGAUCAUGAAGUACUCGGCGACGGGAAACUCCCUCGCAAUCUUGUCCAAUCGUAUCAGCUACUUCUACGAUUUAAAAGGUACCAGUAUAUCGGUCGAUACUGCUUGCUCUAGUAGCAUGGUCGCUUUCCACCUUGCGUGUCAAGAUCUUCGCAAUGGAAACUCUGAAAUGUCCAUCGUCGGCGGCGCAAACAUCCUUGAGAACCCCGACAAGAUGUACCGCAUGAGCAACAACGGCUUCCUCUCCCCGGACAGCAAAUGCUACAGCUUCGACUCCCGCGCAAACGGCUACUCUCGAGGCGAGGGCGUUGGAUCUCUCAUCCUCAAGCCUCUGGACGCCGCCAUCCGCGACGGGGACGUCAUCCGCGCCGUAGUCCGCUCAACCGGACUCAAUCAGGACGGCAGAACCCCUGGUAUGACGCUCCCUAGCAAAAACGCCCAAGAGACUCUCAUUCGGAAGGUCUACGCCAAUGCUGGGCUUGACCUGAGGGACACCGAAUUCAUCGAGGCUCAUGGCACCGGUACGGCUGCUGGCGACCCUAUCGAAGCGAGUGCCAUCGCAGCUGCCUGGAGCGAGCGGAAGGGCGAGAAUCCGCUCUAUGUUGGCGCUGCCAAAGCCAACAUUGGCCAUUUGGAGGGAUCUUCAGGUGUAGCGGGCCUGAUCAAGACUGUCAUGGUCCUUGAGAAGGCUGUCAUUCCGCCGAACAUCAACUUCGAGAAGGUUAACCCGAAGAUUCUUCCAGAGAAAUGGGGUAUUGCGUUCCCUACCAAACCUAUGCCUUGGCCAACUGAAGGCCCCAGGAGGGCGUCUAUCAACUCUUUCGGCUUUGGAGGAACGAAUGCUCAUGCUGUUCUUGAUGACGCGUACAACUUUCUCAACAGCCGUGACUCCAACGGUGUCUCAAAUGGAAUUCCUGACGAUAUCUCUAACGGGAUCUCUAAUGGCUUAUCCAACGGCAACACCAACGGUGCCUCCAACGGCCUCUCUAACGGGCACUCCAACAGCCUCUCCAAUGGCCACUCCAACGGCGCUUCCAAUGGCGUAUCCAACGGUGUCUCUAAUGGCAUCUCUGUGUCUAAUGGCAUCUCCAAUGGCGUGGCCACCCAGUCAACCACAAGUAGGGUCUUUGUCCUAUCCGCGUCCGACGAAGCGGGAAUCAAACGCGCUGCCGACGGCCUUAGCAGCUACCUUGCUUCCAUUCCCCCUCCUAAGAAUGAGGACGUGUACCUCGACAGCCUGGCUUAUACGUUGUCGGAGAAGCGUACGCUAUUCUCCUGGAAGGCCUUUGUUGUUGCGAGCUCUCUUGCGGAUCUUACCAAACAGCUCGCCGAAGGAGCUAAAGCACCCAAGCGCACACGAGCUCGUGAGGUCCCUACUCUGGGGUUCGUCUUCACCGGCCAAGGAGCACAAUGGCAUGCCAUGGGCCGCGAGCUAUUGUCGUACCCCAUCUUCAGGCGAAGCGUUCAGGAUGCAUCCGACUACCUCCGAUCCCUUGGCAGUGUCUCCAACAUGAUGGAUGAGCUACUCAAGGACAAAGAGUCAAGCAAUAUCGGCCAUCCAGUUCUCAGUCAGACACUUUGCACUGUUCUACAAGUCGCAUUAGUCGAUCUACUCAACGCCUGGAACAUCGCACCGACUAGAGUCAUUGGCCACUCUUCUGGUGAGAUUGGUGCCGCUUAUUGUGUCGGAGCCCUAUCCCGAGAGUCAGCGUGGAGGAUCGCAUACUCCCGAGGUGUUGUGUCUGCUAGCCUUAUGGGUGGCAAGGGCGCCAUGAUGGCCGUCGGGAUGACCGAACAAGCCCUUCAGCCUUUCCUCGACCAAGUUGACAAUGAGCUAUCCGGCGAGCUUGUCAAGGCUUGCUACAACAGCCCAAAGAACAUCACCGUGUCGGGCGAUGAGGCUAAGAUCGAUCUUCUGAAGACGAAGUUGGAUGCCGAGAACGUGUUCGCAAGGAAGCUCAACGUUAAGAACGCCUACCACUCUGCCCAUAUGAAGGCGGUUGCAGAUGAGUACCUCAGACUAAUUGGAACUAUCGAGAAGGGCUCUGCCGCCGUAGGCAAGAAGCCCCAGAUGUUCUCUACGGUCAUCGGACAGCAGGUUCCCCUCCUAAAACUCAGCAACCCUCAAUACUGGGUCGAUAACAUGGUCUCGCCCGUGCGCUUCACCCAGACCCUCGAAGCGAUGUGCUCAAACACGGGAGGAAAGUCGAAGCUUCGUGCCGAGCGCGGUGCCGACAUAGCCAUCCAGCAUUUGGUUGAGAUUGGUCCCCACUCAGCUAUGCAGAGCGCCAUUCGGGAUACGAUGGCCCUACAGACGAUAUUCUCCAGCAUUGGAUAUUCAACUGUGCUCACACGGAACGUCUCCGCGGUAACGACAAGUCUUCAAGCCGCUGGCGGCCUGUUCUGCCUAGGCUACCCAGUCGACCUCAACGCUCUCAACUACUCGUCUCGGAUCCCUUUCACGAAGAAUCACCUUCAUCCCCAGAUGCUCAUCGACCUACCUCCGUACAAGUUCAACUACAGCCGCACAUACUGGCCUGAGACUCGGAUGAGCAAGAACUUCCGCUUCCGUAAGCAUCCUCGCCAUGAUCUGCUCGGUGCCCCGGUCACCGAUUGGGACCAGGACGAGCCAAAAUGGAGACAGCACAUCCGCGUAAGCGAGAUUCCAUGGGUCAAGGAUCAUAAGGUCACGAGCAGCAACGUCUACCCUGGAAUGGGAUACGUUGUCAUGGCUAUUGAGGCCAUCAAACAGCUUGCAGGACCAGAUGCCAACAUCUCUGGAUAUCGCCUUCGCGACGUCAACAUCAAGGCGGCGCUACAGGUACCUGAAACUGAAGAUGGAGUCGAAGUUGCCUUCUCCAUGCGACACGUUACCGAGUCCAGUCUCGCCGGGUCCGUGGGCUGGUGGGAAUUCAGAGUCUCGUCGUACAACCCCAACACCGAUGGCUGGAACGAGCAUUGUCGGGGCAUGGUAUCCGCUGAGCCUGCCACCGAGACUGGCCAGGUUGAUGCAGGCAGAGAAGCUGCACUCGAGGCAGAGAGCCAGAAGCAAAUGCUCGCUGAUGCUAUUGAGAGGUGCAGCGCUCCUUUCGACAUGUCUCGAGCAUACUCCGAACUCUACGGUAUCGGCCUUGCGUAUGGCCCAACAUUCCGAAACCUUUCCAACGUAUGGCGCGCCAGUGAAGCCAAGGAGGCACGAGGUACCAUUACAAUUCCCGAUGUUAAGGCUAUCAUGCCGAAGCACUAUCAGCUACCGCAUGUCAUCCAUCCCGGUACCUUGGACAGUAUGCUACAUAUCUUCCUUGCUGCCAUCCAGGAUGAGGGAGCAGGCCUUACCGAGCCCAUGGUGCCAGUGUUCGUGCGAGAACUCUGGGUCAGCAGCGAUCUCAGCAAAGAGCCCAAUCAGACCUUCAACUGCCACGGCACUGUAAAGAAGACAGGCCACAGCAAGAUCGAAUCGACGGUCCGCGCAUGGGACGAGCAUACCAACACGGUCAAGGUCUUGAUCAAGGAUAUUCAAGCCACUCCUUUGCAAAAUAACUCCACCGGAGGCGGCGAUCGAGACCUCAGCUGGAAUGUGGAAUCAAAGCCGGAUAUCGACCUUCUCAGCACCAAGCAGAGCGUAUCGUAUUUCAAGAUGAUUGCCAAGAAGCCGAAGCUGAAUGAUGCUGAGAUGACCAAGCUUUCCCACGAUCUCAAUCUAGCGUCAACCAUCUACAUCCGCGACGGUCUCAAGGAGGUAUCUAAAACCACAUUGGAAGGGCUCCCGGACCACAACCAAAAGUAUCUCGAGUGGCUCCAUCACAUGGAAGAGCGCUAUCAGAAGGGGACUAUCUUCCAUCAGACACCAGAGUGGGAAACCCUCAUGAACGACCCCGCGCGCAAAGAGAAGUUCCUUCAAGAAAAGUGCUUCCAGGAAGACUCAAGCCCAGAGUUCAAGCUCAUCGCCCGUAUCGGUGCUGCCAUCCCAGCGAUCUUGCGACAAGAGGCAGAUGCGUUGCAGCUCAUGUUCGGCGACGAUUUGCUCGAUCACUACUAUGCAGAGCUUGAAGGCAAUGUCAUCAUCCAAGACACUCUUCGCGCAUACCUUAGCACGCUGAGCCACAAGUAUGUCAACCUCAAGGUUAUCGAAAUCGGUUCUGGCACUGGAGGCACGACUCUUCCUGUGAUUGAGGCUCUCAGCCCUGUCGGCAAGGACGGCAAUAUGUCCAAGAGCUCUAGGCUGUCGCAGUUCACAUACACUGAUAUCUCGGCUGGAUUCUUCGACAAGGCGAAGGCCAAGUUCAAGCCGUGGAAGAACAUCAUGGAGUUCCGCCGGCUCGAUAUCGAGAAGGAUCCCAUCGCCCAAGGAUUCGAGGCUGGCACCUACGACAUCGUGCUUGCAGCCAAUGUGCUUCACGCCACUCAGGAUCUGACCAACACCCUUAGCAAUGCCCGCAAGUUGCUCCGUCCGGGUGGGAAGCUGCUUCUCCACGAGGGUAUUGGUCUCGAGCUUCUCAGCGUUCCACUCGCGUUUGGCACGCUCUCCGGCUGGUGGUUGAGCGUCGAGCCUUACCGAAGAUGGGGUCCUCUCGUCGACGAGAAACACUGGGACCAAGCCUUCAAGGCGGCAGACUUCACUGGUACUGAUCUGAUUCUUCCAGAUUACCAGGACGACCUGAUCCACUCGCAGAGCUUGAUGAUAGCCAAUGCCGUGGACCCUGCUCCAGUGGAGCGUCAGUACCCAGAUACCAUCGUGCUCACGACCGAGGCGCAAAGCAAAUCUCCCCUCGUUUCAUCGGUGGUUGAGUCUCUGGAGAAUUUCGGCCUUCACGGUGUGAAGGUCGUUGACUGGAAGGAUCUCGCCGGCAUUGACGUGAAGGAGACCACGUUCGUUUCAUUGCUGGAUCUCGACCAUCCCGUGCUUCUGGAUAUCGAAGAGUCCGAUUUCAACAACCUUCGAAAGUUGAUCCUAACAGCUCAGGGAGGCCUAUGGAUUGGUAAAUCCGCCAUCGUUCAUCCUGAAUCAGCUAUCGCUACCGGCUUCAUUCGAACCGCUCGCUGGGAACGCGACCUGGAUACUUGCGAUCUAGUACUUCUCGGUCUGGAGGAUGGCGAACUCAAAUCAGACGCACAGACGGCGAAGCAAAUCAGCAAGCUCUUCGAUCAUCACUUCAUCACCACCACAUCCAAUAGGAACGAGGAAUACAAUUCCUCGGACGGCAUACUAUCCAUCCCCCGCCUGAUCCAAGCUGACUACAUCAACUCCUUCCUCGCCUCGAAGGUCACCAAAGCCGAGCCCCAGAUCCAGGCCUUCGGCGCUGAUCCCACGCGAGCCUUGAAGCUCAGCACCGACGCGCCCGGUCUACUCAACCGCCUCAUGUUCAUCGAUGACCCCGUCUACCCCAAGCCGCUAGAGCCCGAAGACGUGGAGGUCGAGAUCAAAGCCACCGGUCUCAACUUCCGCGACAUCAUGUCCGCCAUGGGCGAAGUCAACGGCGAUGUCCUGGGUGCGGAGGGCGCCGGAUACAUCACCCGCGUUGGCUCCAAUGUCACCAAGGUCAAGAAGGGGGAUCGUGUCAUGAUCAUGGCGGAUCAGACGGGUUGCUUCAACACGUACGCGCGCAGUGACCAGCGCUGUGUGUCCCAGAUUCCGGAUGAUAUGAGCUUUGAGGUUGCGGCGAGUAUCCCGGUCAUCUAUUGCACGGUGCUGUAUUGCUUGAAUGAUAUUGGGCGGUUGUUGAAGGGCGAGACAAUUCUUAUUCAUGCUGCGGCUGGUGGAGUUGGCCAGGCCGCUAUUAUGGUUGCGCAAGACAGAGGCGCUAUACUAACUUUUUUACCAGGUGCCGAGAUCUUCGCCACCGUCUCCACUCACGAGAAGAGGGAUAUCUUGAUCAACCGAUAUGGCAUCCCAGAAGACCAUAUCUUCUCCAGUCGUGAUCUGUCCUUCGUUAAGGGUAUCAUGCGCAUGACCAACGGCAAGGGUGUCAAUGUGGUGCUGAACUCACUUGCUGGAGAAGCUCUACGAAGGACAUGGGAUUGUAUCGCGUACUUUGGCCGCUUCCUUGAAAUCGGAAAGAGAGACAUCCUCUCCAACGGCCGUCUCGAGAUGUUCCAGUUCUCCAAGAGCGUCAUGUUUGCUUCCUGCGAUCUAGAGACCGUCAUCAAGCUCGAUAAGCCGCUAUCUGAGCGGCUGCUUGAAGACACGGUAGCGCUCUGGAACAAGAAGGUCAUCGGAGCCACUACUCCCUUCACUGUCUACAACUAUGGAGAGCUAGAAUCUUCAUAUCGUCUUCUGCAGUCUGGCAAGCACAUCGGUAAAGUUGUGCUUACGUCUGAUCCUUCGCAUAUGGUUCAAGCUCUUCCCAAGCAGAAAGCACCACAUCGUUUCUGCCGCGACAGCUCCUACGUUCUCGCCGGCGGCCUCGGUGGUCUAGGGCGUAGUAUGGCGUUGUGGAUGGUGUCGCAAGGAGCCCGCAACCUCAUCUUCCUCUCCCGAUCCGGAGCCGCAAGCGACGAAGCGAAGAAGACCGUGAAGGAGCUGGAGGAGCUAGGAUGCACCGUCCGCGCCUUCGCCUGCGACAUCAACAGCAAGACGGCUCUCGAGUCAACACUCGCCCAGUGCAUUCGUGAUAUGCCUCCCAUCGGCGGCUGCAUCCAAGGCGCCAUGCAACUCCGAGACUCUUCACUCGAGCUCAUGACUGUCGACCAAUACAACCAAGCCCUCAACCCCAAAGUGCACGGCUCACGCAACCUGCACGAAGCCCUCCCGCACGACCUCACCUUCUUCAUCAUGCUCUCCUCCUGCUGCGGCAUCAUCGGCAACCGCGGGCAAGCCAACUACGCCGCGGGCAACACGUAUCAAGACGCCCUCGCGCACCACCGGCGCUCCAAGGGCCUCGCGGCCACCGCGCUCGACCUCGGCGCCAUGCUGGGCGUCGGCUACAUCGCCGAGAACCAGGAUAAGACGGCCAACCCGGCGCUGGGCAACCUCGCCUUCGCCAGCGACGCGAUCCGCGAGGACGAGUUCCACGCGCUGCUCGAGUACCACAUGGACGCGCGCAACGCGACGCGCGCCGACGCGGUCAAAACGCAGGUCGCGAUUGGGCUGGGGUCGAGCGCCAGCUACAAGUGGAAGGGGAUGCCCGAGCCGGGCUUCAUGAAGUACCCGCUUUUCACGCAGCUGCACGUCAUGUCGGAGUCGGCGAGCAACGAGGGCGAGGAGGACUCGUCGCUCAACACGAAGGCGGCGCUGCGGGCGGCGAAGAGCUUUGAGGAGGCGGCGGCGACGGUGGGGGAGGCGGUGGUGAGGAAGUUGUCGAGCGUGAUGAGUUUGCCGGUUGAGGACUUUGAUCCGGGGAAGCCGAUUCAUCAUUAUGGGGUGGAUUCGCUGGUGGCGGUUGAGUUUAGGAAUUGGUUCUCGAAGGAUCUCGGGGCGGAUAUUCCGGUAUUGGAUAUUAUGGGGAACGAUUCGAUUGCGCAGUUGGCGGGGAAGAUUUCGAAGACGAGUAAGUUGGUUAAGAUUGUGGAGGAGGUGGAAUAG